GAACUAACACAGAAACACGUGCGGCUCGGUAACCAACCUGUGAACGUGUAGUGACGUCAGAUGGAACUUCUAGUCCCCUGCGGCUCGUGCCAGUUUUCUCAACAUCCGGUCAUUGUCUCCGGCAAUUCGGGCACUUCCUCCUCCUGGAAACCGCCUCUGCCGCCUAUUUGGUUCCCACCCAGCAAACAAAGCUCAGCUGGUUGUUUUGCGCCAGAGCCGCUGGCUAGUCCUUCCCUGCCGGAGGUCUGGGCUUGUUUUCACGCAGCCGAGGUGAUGACAGACGUCCAGUGUCUGCGGCUGUAACGUGUGACCCGACGACCCGUUGUGAUUGCAACCAUUGCGCCACAGUCAGUAACCGAGCUAGCGGCCGUUAGCUAGUGUACAAACAGCGAGGCUGGCCAGAGAUGACAAGCGGUUUGGCUGUGACUGACAUCGAGCCUGCUGCAGUAGACACGGGGCGCCCGAGGAAGCUGCUGAUCGGGAAGGAUCCGGCGGUGACAAGGAUUUGUUGAGUCAAGCUAGCUUCCAGCACUGUAAAUUAGCACGCCUGUUUACUCAGCACCCUUCCUUUUCCAAACCCUGGUACUAUGAGCGCAAUGCGUGUGGAUGCUAAGGUGGUGAUGCUAGGAAAGGAGAGUGUCGGGAAGACCAGCCUGGUGGAAAGAUACGUUCAUCAUCGGUUCUUGGUCGGCCCGUACCAGAACACAAUCGGUGCUGCUUUUGUUGCCAAACCAAUCCAGUUGGGAGACAAAGUGAUCACCCUGGGGAUAUGGGACACAGCUGGAUCAGAGCGCUACGAAGCUAUGAGCAGAAUAUACUACAGAGGAGCCCGAGCAGCCAUAGUUUGCUAUGAUCUGACUGACAGCAGCAGCUUCCAGAGAGCUCGGUUCUGGGUGAAAGAGCUACAGAACUGUGAGGAGCACUGUAAGAUUUACCUGUGUGGCACUAAGAAUGACCUGAUUGAAGAAGAUCGCAGCCUGCGUCAAAUCGACUACCAUGAUGCUCAGGACUUUGCUGAAGAGAUUGGUGCACAACAUUUUGAAACGUCUAGUAAAACGGGAAACAAUGUUGAUGACUUGUUCCACAAAGUAGCUGAGGAUUACAACAACACUGCCUUGCAGUACAUGACAGCAGAAGAAACAGGCGUUGACUUGGGCCAGAAGAAGGACUCAUAUUUCUACUCCUGUUGCCAUAACAACUGAUACAGAGCACAGAAAGGAAACCAAAUGUGGUCGGCUUCCCUUGGCUGAAGUCAGACCAGGAUUUGCUGAUGGGUCUCUGGUAAUUCUGGAUCUGGUAUCCAAAUCACAGAAAGAGAAAACAAACUGUUUAUAUCGUGUUACAUAUGUUUAUAUUUUGUGCCAUAAAGAACUGAGGGCUGCAGGACUUUAUGGAAAAAGAUCCACUACUGCUGCAACUAUUUCUGGAAGGAAUGACCUUUCACCCAGUUAUGUCUUAUAUUUUAUCAUACAUAGGCUGGUCACUAUUGGGUAGCUGUGGACUGAUCCAUCACCUGGAAGUUAACAGAGGACCUGUGGUGACCAUCAAAAUUAAACAGUAGUGAUGGAAAGGAAAGAUCAACUAAACCUGGACUAUCAGGAAAAAAAACUGCUUGAAGUGAUUUGGCAUUGUGAAGUUCUUCAAAGUGGUGAAGGGUUUGUUUACACUAGUUAGUAUUUCUUUACCGUCAACCAUAACCUUGCUGAGGAAACCAAGCUUUUAAGCCUGCACGAAUGGAGUGAAACCAAUGUAGAAUAAGCAAAGCAACCUUAUUGUUUGUCUGACUGAAAUAUCAUUUGCAAAAUAAUACUAAUGAUCUUUAUGAAGGCCGUUAAAUCUGCAGGAAACCUCAUAGGUUUGUGUGUGUCUACAAUCUUUAGCGCUGCUGCUCAGCCGUGCAGCAAAUUUAUACCCAUAGCAACAGUUGAGACUGUUUAAAAAAGCUUGCACAGACCACUUUUAUAAAUUAGACCUGUGUCAAGCUGUUGACAGAACACAACCACCUGCAACCAAGGUCAAGUUGUUAUGUUAUGUAUGAAUAAACAUAUGAAUGUCUAGUAAUUAUGAAAGCUGUGGUUCAGCAGGAGAAACACUAAUGCACUACAAACCAGAGAGCACACCGUGUUGUUUGCUGUUUGGCUGUUACAGGUCAACCAAGCUGAUAAUGAUGAUUAUGAUCCAACAAUGCAGAGAUCAGUAAAGUUAGAAGCCCCAAAACCUGACUUUUUUUUCUUAAAAACUGUUUUCAAUUUAGUAUUUCUAAAUGCACAAUCAAAUCAUUACGUCAUUCUAGCACUGAAAUAUUUCCUCCCGCUUCUGGAAAACUCCCCUUGUGCAGAAAUGAUGGAAGUUCCUCUCAGCUGUGUUGAGAAGCUACAGAUUUCACCAACACAGGAAAAAGCUGCAUGUUGAAAUAUGGUACGCAGUUCUCUCAGCAUCUUCAGGCGUAUUUAAGACUCCAGUCACCCGUUUGUUGCCUGUUGCGUUGCGCUACCACUUGGACUUGGAUGUUGCUGCUUUGAUGUUUCGAUGCACUGUUUUUACUGGUGUAACACAAAUCCAUUCUGUGCAUUAAAAAGCCUACUGAAGGAAUGUUUCAAAGCUCUGGUACGCCUGGCAUUUUGACUGACUCAUUAUUUUCUGCUCUUGUGUGUCAUACCAGAGCUUUCAAUGCAUUUGUGUGGGUUCAAUACAAAAUACUGGCAGUAUGUGUUCAGCUGUAAAAGUGUACUGCAUCAAGUCUGAUUUGGUAGUAGUGAUUGCUAUGUAGUUGUGUCUUCACUGUGGUGUCACGUCAUCUGUCCUCAGCCUGAAACAAACAUGACUGUGCCUUGAAAAGAGAUGUUAACUCAGACCAAAUAAAAUGAAGUGAAUGACUCAACAGAUAUCUGUGAAAAGCGCAAACAGGCUGAACAGUUGAAUCCAUACUGUUGUCUAGCACGGUUAACCCCAUAAUCUGAUGAGAUGAACCAUGUGGUUGACUUUAUUGCAGAGUCUGUGGACGCGUCGCUACAUGUUUACACUCAUUUUAACAGCCCAGCGCUUGACCUCUGUGUUCCAUCUUUUAUUUUUCUGUAUGGAUGUGGUCACUUUGUACAACCUUAUUUAAAUCUUUCAAUACAUUGACACUGAAGUUUCA